CUCCACGGUACCGCGACCGGUCUCUGUGAAUCAGGUCAUCAUGGUCGCCGCGAUCCCUUCCAUGUCUUCACCCCUCAUUCGCUAUGGUCUCCUAGCAUGCGUUAUCACCAUAACCCUUCUCGUCACAUUCCUCUCUUACUCGGAUCUCUCCCCAUCCAUAUCUCGAUUCAGCACUGCAGCUGCCGGCACCUUCACCGCAUCUGAUCCUGUCUGGCUCAUCGCAACCAUGACACUAGCAAAAUCCUUGAGUCGCCACAGUAUUAUUCGCGCUACCUGGCAACGUCUUUACGCCUCUGAUAAUCCUAACAUCAGAUGUGUGUUCGUUCUCUCGAAUCCCGGUCCUUGGAUCGACAUUGUGAAAGCCGAGAACGAGACCUAUGGAGAUUUGGUGGUUCUGUCGCACCUAGAAGAAUCCGCACACGUCGCAAACACCGUCAAGUCCAUAGAGUUCCUCAAGUACUUCCGGGAUUCGGGUAGAUUCCUAUCCUACAGAUUCGUUAGCAAACUCGACGACGACUCUUUCCUCUCGGCAUUGGCGUUCUACACGCAAUAUCUCCACCCGAACCUUAAUCCAGAUCUCGACAUCGACAACACGGACUUCAAGCAAAGACUCAUGAUCGGCCGGCCUAUGGACCGCUUCGUCAAGGAAUACCCCUACCCCGGCGGCCAAUUCUAUACCCUCUCAACCUCGCUCGCUCACCGCCUCUCAACCCUGCACGACGAAAACCCCAUCAACGACGAACACGAAGACCGCCUCGUCGGACGCCUCCUCCACGAAGCCGGAGAAACACCCGACACCUUCACAUUCAUCAAGCUCCCAAACCAACAAGCGUUCGACGUCGAUGAUAAUGUUGAAGAUUUGUCGGGGUGGGUACAUAGGAUGGGAGAGGGUGCGAUUAAUCCGCAUAAGAUGAAGACUGAUGAGGAGUAUUUGCGAGUUGCGAGGAUGUUUGGCGAAGAGGGGGUGAAUAUGACGGCGGUUGCGGAGACGUAUGGGUGGUUGGAUAUGGUAUAGAACUGGGACUGAGGAUAUGAAAUGGUAGGGAGAGAAGGACCGGGAUCGGCGUUGCAUCUGACUUCUAUAUGGAUACCCACAGAUACUGAAAACAAAUUCGCAC